AUAUAAGGACGUGGUUGUUCCGGUGAAAAGUGGAUUUGCUGCCUCAAGACAGGCCAUUUCUGAGUUGAAUUAACCAUGUUUUAAAUAGUCAGUGUACAUAUUUUUUAAUCUAAGUAUGAUUUUACUCUAUAAUACAACGAGAGUAGUGUGUUUUUCUUGUAAAAACCUGCUGCUUUAACGCCUGCUCCUGCUGCUCGGCUCUCCAUCGACUGAAGAAACAAUGCAGGCCUAGCUACCGUUGAAGCUAGCUAGCAGGAAGCUAAUCGGAUAACGUUGCUUCAGCAGACUGCAGUGGGAUUUAAACCCCCGGACGAACCCGUUUACGAAGCUGUAACCACAUCCAAUCCGCUAUGAGCUCCCAGCUGCAGGUCUUCUCCCCCCCCUCCAUCUCCUCCAGUGCCUUUUGUCGUGUCAAGAAGCUGAAGGUGGAGAGCAAUGUUUGGGACGUGUCCACUACAGAGGCGUACGGCUCCAUAGCGGGCCAGGCAGCGUACGCUUUUACCCCCGCCAUGGCUGUACCACCUUUUGCGCCAUCCCUGGUCUUCCCCCCUGCAGCACCCGGUUCGAGAGGCCAAGUGGUGGUGCGGGCAGCUGACAGCACCGGUAGUCUUCCUCGUGGAUCCAGCCGGCGAGUCACAGAACAGGCGACCUCGUCCUCCUACACGCACACCGAGACGUCCUCUGAAGCUAGGAGCCACAGGCACGGGCAGAAGAGAAAGGUCGAGGAGGCUAAUGAAGGCAGUGGGAGUGGAUGUGGCAGUGUGCAAAUAUUAGAGGAGCUCUCGGCUCCUGCUGCAACUUACUCCACCCGCACUGGCGGGGGAGGAGGGGGAACAGGCCAGUCAAUACCCCACUCUGCUCCAACUACAAAGAGCAGCAGCUCCAAUGGUGAAGGCGACUAUCAGUUGGUGCAGCACGAGAUCCUCUGCUCCGUGUCCUGCAGCUACGAAGUGCUGGAGUUUCUGGGAAGAGGCACGUUUGGACAAGUCGCCAAAUGCUGGAAGAGGGGUACAAAUGAGAUUGUGGCUAUAAAGAUCCUGAAGAACCAUCCUUCCUAUGCUCGCCAGGGGCAGAUCGAGGUGGGCAUCCUGAACCGGCUGAGUGCUGAGAACGCAGACGAGUACAACUUUGUGCGUUCAUAUGAAUGCUUCCAACACAAAGGUCACACCUGCCUGGUGUUUGAGAUGCUGGAACAGAACCUGUACGACUUUCUCAAGCACAGCAAGUUCAGCCCGCUCCCCCUGCGCCACAUCAGACCCAUUCUCCAGCAGGUGGCCACAGCGCUGAUGAAACUGAAAAGCCUGGGUCUGAUUCACGCAGAUCUGAAGCCUGAGAACAUCAUGCUGGUUGACCCCCUCCGACAGCCUUACAGGGUGAAGGUCAUUGACUUUGGCUCAGCUAGUCACGUGUCCAAAGCUGUCUGUUCCACCUACUUACAGUCUCGCUACUACAGGGCUCCAGAGAUCAUUUUGGGUCUGCCAUUCUGUGAGGCCAUCGACAUGUGGUCUUUAGGCUGUGUGAUUGCUGAGCUGUUUCUGGGUUGGCCUCUCUACCCUGGAGCCUCUGAGUACGACCAGAUCCGUUACAUUUCUCAAACUCAAGGCCUGCCGGCUGAGUAUUUGCUGAGUGCUGGCACCAAGACCAGUCGUUUCUUCAAUCGAGGCCCUGAUUCUAGCUACCCGCUCUGGAGGCUUAAGACCCCUUCUGAGCAUGAAAUGGAGAUGGGCAUCAAGUCCAAGGAGGCCAGGAAGUACAUCUUCAACUGUCUGGAUGACAUGAUGCAGGUCAAUCUGUCUUCUCAUCUGGAAGGAACAGACAUGUUGGCUGAGAAAGCCGACAGACGAGAGUUUAUAGACCUGUUGAAGCGGAUGCUGCGCCUGGAUGCUGACAAAAGGAUCACACCUACAAAGACUCUGGGUCACCCCUUUGUCACAAUGAGCCACCUCAUGGAUUAUCCCCACAGCUCCCAUGUGAAGUCCUGUUUCCAGAACAUGGAGAUCUGCAAGCGCCGGAGCUCCUAUGAUAACAACAAAUCCCUGUACUCCACUAAUGCAGUCCCCAGCGCUGCUGCGGGAAACCUCACCGUUACCUUUAGUAGCCAACUCAACCAGCAUAACCAGGUGCCUUCUGCGGGGGGAGCGGUGCCUUUGCUAAAUUACCAGCCAGCUCUGUACCAGCAGGCGACCAUCAACAUUCCCGGGCUGACUCAACAGAGUGUCCCAAUCCCAACACGUCCUGCCGGGCUGUGUAGUCAGACAGAACCCUUCCAGCAGACUCUCAUUGUCUGCCCUCCCUCCACUAUUCAAGGGCUACAGCCAUCUAGUAAGAGUUCCAGUUUCCCUGUGAGGAUGGAGAACUCUGUACCAAUAGUACCUCAGAACCAGACUGCUCAGUCGCUGCAGAUUCAGCCAAGUUUGCUCACACAGGGUUCCUGCACACCCCUGAUGGUUGCCACCCUGCACCCACCCUCAGCAGGCCUAGCCCCCCAGUACUCUCUGCCCCUUGGGCUGGGUAGCGGGGUGGGUCGGCCCACCCUCCUGGAGCACACAGCCACAGUGCUGGCCUGGCCUACUGGCACUCAACAGAUCCUCAUCCCAUCAUCAUGGCAGCAGGUUCCAGGUGUGGCCAUCCACAGCUCCACCCAUCAGUCCACUGUGGCUGAAUCACCAAUGGGAACACUGGAUGCAACCACGCAGCAGGGACACAGCUGGAGAAGCUCAACCCAAGCCAGGAGCCAGCAGGAGAGGAAGAAAGUGAAAGCCAGACGCUCAGAAAACAGAAACAGGGGUAUAUCUACUGCAUCACUAGUCGGCAACAACGGUGUGACUCCGCCCAGCUCCAGUGCUGUGCUAUCCCAGCCAAUCAUCAUCUCUGACACGCCCAGCCCGGCUGUCAGCAUCAUCACCAUUCACAGCGACACCGACACUGAGGAUGAGCGCAAGUUCCAUCCUGCAAGCAUUGGUCUGAGCCAGCGGACUAACGUCAUCAGCUGUGUGACCGUGCACGACUCGGACUCGUCCACAGCCAGUCCCAUGACUCCUCUGCCCCGCACUCUGAACCCAGCUGCCACCGUGUCGUCCCGCCAGGCAAAGUCUCUGGCAGUGGUGGCACCUUCAGUCAAAACCCAGGGUUCAGAAAGAGGAGUGGCUUCACGUGGACGCGUUGACACUGUGAACUACAUGAAGCCUAAGAGGUCAUCCAACAGACACCCCUGCAGCUCAGGGGAGAGCAUGGAGCGUCAUGGACUGGUACCCAGCCAGUCACACCCCUUGAACCUCAGUCAGGUUCAGCCAGUGGUCUCUUCAUCUCAGGAGCGCUCUCACAGCGACUCGUCUUUGCGUCGCCAGCAGACGUUCCCUCCUGCAGUCACCGCCUCUCACUACAACUUCCCAGAGGUGUCGACCCUGGCCUCGGCCUCAGCCCCGGGCCCCAGCCUUUACACCUUCCCUGCCUCCACCGCCCUCUCCUCGGCCUCUCAGGCCAUGGAGCAGCUGCUGGGCCGCGCUCACGGCAGCCACGGCCACUCCCCCUCUGCCUAUGCAGCAACAUACACCUCAUCCUCCUCCAGGAGGGACUCGGCCAGCCGGAAGGACUCUGUCAGCACCCUGCUGCACGGCCUCCCCGCUGCCUACCAGCAUCAGUUUGCCACUGGUUCCCCUUACAUCAGUGUGACGCCGCGGGCUGAGGCGUACAGUGCCUACCAGCUCAGCCCUCGGCGCCUCACACAGUACCCGUAUCUAUAGGUGUCUGAGCAUAGAGAGAAACACCCAUACCACCCACCACAAAGGGACAUUUUAACUAUGUUUGUAGUAGAGUAACUGUUGGUCACUUAUAUGUUUGCUGCUUUUGACUCUGAGGCGGCGUCUCACCUCCAACUCACUCACAUGCUCUUUGAAUUGUUUUUAGUGAUUUUCCAUCGUUCUUUGAUUUUAUUUGAUAUCAUAACAGUUCUUUUUCCUUUUAAGAAUAUCGUCUAUAAACCACAUGUUCUCCCUGUAUUACCCAGUACAAUCAAGGCAUUGUGGUAAUUGUAUUUUCUCCUGUUUAUCUUGAGGUUUUGUGCAGAGAGAGAUAAUCCUCCUGUCACAAACAGCUUCGACACUUUAGGCAAACUUUUAGACACCAGACUCACAAUGCUAGUGAAGGGCAAAAUGAGCUUUUUCUGAGUCUUGUUACAGAGUUUUCACACUAACCCAAUGAGGCCCUGUGUUUUUAGCUUACAUAAUAAUGACUGUACCUUUUAGCCACAAUUAUGUUUACUUACAAAUAUGUCUUUUACUAUGUUUAAAUUAUGUUCGGUCAGUGUGAGGUAGGAAGAGGAAGGUCCAUGACGAUGAAGAGAGGCGUGGCAAAAAAAACUGUGAUGGAUACAUGUUAAUUUAAGUGCACAUGUGAUAGUCUGUUAAUGUAGUGACAGUGUUUAGGCAGGAUUCAUCAUGUCCUUAUGCAAUAGAAACUGCAUCAACUGCGUGCUGAAUGUAUUUAUGAAGUACAGAGGAGUGGAAUCACCAUCAGGACGAGUGAUGUGAAAAGCUUUUAUUUAAAAAGGUGAAAGGAACAAUAAAUCAUCAACCCUGCUUUCUCUCCUUAAAACAAAGGACAAAAAAAAACUCUUUAAAGUUGAUGGAAAACUGUCCUUCAUGUGUGAAUCCUGAGUGUGUAGGACCUGCUAAUUAUUACCAUGAAUAUACGGCCAGUUUGUAACGUUCACAUUGUUUCAUCUGCACACACUUUUUGGCAAUGCUAUCAGUUGUAUCCCAGAUGUUCAACCAGUGAUGGAAAUAGGUGACUGUGAUCUUUCCUCAAACAUGUAUCACAUUUAUUCAAACGACUUAUGCUUUUCCCCAAAUGUUCAGAAGAAAUGAAAUGAAAUGUCUUCUUUUCCACUUGUGGAUACCGAAAGCUUAAACACAAAAUUGCCCCCCUGUAAGUGUUGUGUUGAUUUAAGACAGACCAGCACUGUGUCCUGCCACCAUCCUCACUGCAAGGUGAAUCUAAAGAUGGUUUCUGUGGGUUAUGAAAGCUUUUUUCACUAAAUCCUUCCCUAUUGUGUUUGAAUCCAUUUUGUGUUGUAUGUAUUGUCUGUAUAUUUAACUGUAUUUCAUCUUAACAUAGUAUAGUUAAGAGGCUAUUUGGUAGAACUAAUUCAGGGAAAAAAAAGGUUUCAACUCGAAUAAUCCACUGUCACUGUUUCCAAUAAAAUAACCACAAACUCAC